ACGUGGUCGGGCCGCGGAGUCUGACGUGGGCGGAAGUAAAGAUGGCGCUGGAUAUUUCGUCCACGUCUGUUAUGGCUCAUGAUAACCCAUACCACAGUCAUGUUUCUGAUUAUUAUAGCAGGAGUCUGAGCAACAAACCCGAUGUAGUGCCGUCUGGAGUCACCGAGAGAAAGGUGUCGCCCUCAGAUAGACCUGACAUGGUGGUGCUGGACGUGAUCGGCAUCAAGGACUCGGAUGCUCCGGUGAACCGGAGGAAGCGUGAGACGGACGUGUAUGUUCUGGGCACGAUACAUCCCUUCCGCAAGAGUCCUCGCUCGGUCCUGGGGAAGUUUGUGCAGGAGUUUAGUCUGGUGACCUCUGACAGACGGUCGUGGAGGAUCCUUCUGUUCGGCGUGUUGAACCUGCUCUGCACGGCCUGUCUGCUGAUGUGGGGCAGCUCCACCAACAGCAUGGCUUUAACUGCGUUCACAUACCUCACCAUCUUCGAUCUCUUCAGUCUGAUCACCUGUUUGCUGAGUUUCUGGGUGACCGUGAAGAAACCCAGUCAAGUGUACUCGUUUGGCUUCCAGCGGUUCGAGGUGCUGGCGGUGUUUGCCUCCACUGUGCUGGUUCAGCUGGGCGCUCUCUUCAUCCUGAAGGAAAGUGUGGAGCGCUUCGUGGAGCAGCCCGAGGUGCACACGGGCCGUCUGCUGGUGGGGACAUUGGUGGCUCUGUUCUUUAACCUCCUGACCCUGCUGUCGGUCAAGAACAAGCCCUUCGUCUUCGUGUCUGAAGCUGCGAGCACCAGCUGGCUCCAGGAGCACGUGGCAGACCUGAGCCGAAGUCUGUGUGGACUCAUCCCGGCGCUCAGCAGCGUUCUCCUGCCCAGGAUGAACCCGUUUGUGCUGAUCAACCUCGCUGGAGCCUUCGCUCUGGGCAUCACCUACAUGCUCAUCGAAAUCAAUAACUAUAAUGCGAUGGACACCGCGUCUGCCGUGGCCAUCGCCCUCAUGAUCUUCGGCACCAUGUAUCCCAUGAGUGUGUACAGCGGGAAGGUGCUUCUGCAGACCACUCCUUCUCAUGUCAUCGGUCAGCUUGACAAACUGCUCCGAGAGGUGUCCACGCUGGAUGGGGUUCUUGAAGUCAGAAAUGAACACUUUUGGACCAUAGGCUUUGGCUCGUUGGCCGGCUCUGUUCACGUCCGGAUCCGCAGAGAUGCUGACGAGCAGAUGGUCCUGGCCCAUGUGACCAACCGGCUGAACUCGCUGGUGUCCACGCUGACCGUUCAGAUCUUCAAAGACGACUGGGCUCGUCACUCUCUGACCUCCAGCUCCCUGCCCACAGGCUCGCUCAGCCUCUCGGAGUACGUGUCUUCGGCUGCCUUCCCUCCGGCGGGGUCCAGACCUCACGAGGAGCCCAGCCCGGCCACAUCUACACCUGCCAAACCCAGCAGCCCUCCGCCCGAGUUCUCCUUCAACACGCCGGGGAAGCACGUGCAGCCCGUGGUGUUCCCGACGGCCCACCAGCACAGGCCCUUCCACGCGCCUCUCUCCUACGGGAUGGGCCCGUACUCCAGCGUGCUGAACCCCGGGGACGCUCCCUCCAUGAGGCUGGGCUUCGGGGUGGGCACACGGAUGCCGUCUGUUCAGGGAUACAGGACUCUGAGCACCGCACCACACAGAUACGGGAGCAGUCUGCCCUCGUCACAGUCCGGCCCACAGAGACCCUGAGCUCAUCACAUGACCUCCACUAUCCUCAGUAUUUAUGUGUACGGGACCGAGAGCAACAGGUUUUCUUUCUUUUCUUUUUCUCAGUGGAUGUUUUAUCUGUAUUCUUCAUUUGUAUUAAAUGGCUAUCAGACAUCUGUGGAGUCGCAUUAUUUAGUUUUUACUCCAUCUUGAUGAAGUUCACACUGACAGUUGGAUACGCCUAUAAGAACCGGACGAGACUCGCUGUCUCCAGUGAUUUACUCACUGUCAGUGUGAACAGACUUCAGGAGGGCAGGGUUUCAUUGCCUGCUUGUACUAAACCCUGAAAGAAUGCUUUUUUGUGAAGAACAGGUACAUACUUCUGAGCAGGCUAUGUAGCAGAAUAGCAGGCAAGCUUUGGGACGAACAUCCUGUCACUGUUUAAUCUGCUCUGUCACUCAUCCUGUCACAGUUAACAGCUUCCACAUUUAGCUUAGUUUACUGUAUUUUCCUACCGUACUGGAGAGAAAUAAAGGGGCAUGUUGAUCUGCCAGUCGUGGGUCUUUCAUGCAGAGAAUUA